AUGCUCCCGCUUAUGUGUGUGUGUGUCUACAUAUCCUCCAUCCUGUCCUCCUCUAAUUCGUCCUCCUGCCAGUUGGAGGCACAGUUCCAUUUAAACGGGAUGCAUAAGGCUGGCGAUGUGAUGCUGGGUGGGCUGUUUGAAAUAAACUUCUUUGCUGUCUUUCCAAACUUGUCUUUUACCUCCCAGGCAGAACAGCCUUCCUGCCACGGGUUUGAUGUCAUAGGAUUCAGGCUGGCUCAGACCAUGGCCUUUGCUGUUGAUGAGAUUAACGAAAACAUCAACCUGCUGCCUAAUGUCACUCUGGGAUACAGCCUCUAUGAUAACUGCAAUGCACUAGGAAUUGGAUUCCGUGCGACAUUGCUUUUAGCCAGUGGUGAAGAAAAAAAAGUGGUUUUACAUGAGACCUGCGUAGGAACGCCUCCUGUCCUGGGGAUUGUGGGUGAAUCGUCUUCAACACGCUCUAUUGCCAUCUCCACUGUCUUAGGUUUGUACAGAGUCCCUAUGGUGAGUUACAUUUCUACAUGUUCCUGUCUGAGUCACCGACAAAAGUUUCCAUCCUUCUUCAGGACGAUCCCAAGUGAUACUUUUCAGGUGUAUGCUGUGAUACAGAUUUUAAAACGCUUUGAGUGGACCUGGGUGGGGUUACUGGUCAGUGACGAUGACUAUGGACUUCACGCUGCCCGUUCCUUUCAGUCUGACCUGGGUCAGUCUGGUGGAGGAUGUCUGGCCUAUGUAGAGGUUUUACCGUGGGGUGAAGACCCUGCUAAACUAAGAAGGAUUGUAGAUGUGAUGAAGAAAUCUACAGCUCGUGUUGUUAUUGCAUUUGCACAUGAGAGUCACAUGAUUGAUCUCAUGGAAGAGGUGAUGAGGCAGAACGUAACAGGCCUACAGUGGAUCGCCAGUGAAGCUUGGACAUCAGCUGCUGUGCUUCAGACCACUCGCCUCAUGCCGUAUCUGGAUGGAACACUGGGCAUUGCUAUACGUCGAGGGGAAAUUUUUGGGCUCAAAGAUUUCCUAUUAGAAAUACGUCCUGACCUGUGCCAAAACAGUACCUAUGGAAAAAGUCUGGUCAACCAGUUUUGGGAGUACACAUUCAGGUGUAGAUUUUCACCAGCUCCAGCAGGUUGGGUGGAGGAUGGUGGACAACUAUGCACUGGAAAGGAAGAUCUAGAGAAGGAAAAGGCUGAAAUUCUGGACGUUUCAGACCUUCGGCCAGAGUAUAAUGUGUAUAAGGCUGUGUAUUCUCUGGCGUAUGCCCUUCAUGACCUGCUACAGUGUGAGUCAGGACAAGGACCUUUCACUGACAACAGCUGUGGCAGUUUACAAAGACUGGAGCCUUGGCAGCUUGUGUAUUACUUGGAAAAAGUCAACUUCACCACACCAUUUGGAGAUCAGGUGUCUUUUGAUGAGAAUGGUGAUGCUUUACCAAUCUAUGAUGUUAUGAACUGGCUGUGGCUCCAAGAUGGAAGAACAAAAGUUCAGAAUGUGGGUGAGGUUAAGAAGGUGCCUUUUAAAGGUGAAGAACUCAACCUUGACGAAGGCAAAAUCUUCUGGAAAUUUAAAUCCAAGAAGCCACCACGAUCAGCGUGCAGCGAGAGCUGUCCUCCAGGAACCCGCUUGGCCCGAAAAAAAGGGGAACCUGAAUGCUGCUUUGACUGUGUUCCUUGUUCACAGGGAGAGUUUAGCAGUAAGAAUGACUCCACAGAGUGCACCAGUUGUCCAGAGGACUCCUGGUCCAGCCCCCAGCGUGACCACUGUGUUCCUAAAGAAACUGAGUUCCUCUCAUACUAUGAACCUCUGGGCAUCUGCCUGGCUGCUACAUCCCUGCUGGGCACAUUUAUCUGUGCUGUCGUCAUGGGGAUUUUUAUCUAUAACAGACGAACACCUGUUGUUCGCGCAAACAAUUCAGAGCUGAGUUUCCAACUUUUGUUAUCUCUUAAACUGUGUUUCCUCUGCUCGCUCUUCUUCAUUGGGCAACCCAGACUGUGGACAUGUCAGCUGAGACAUGCAGCGUUUGGAAUCAGCUUUGUACUUUGUGUUUCAUGUAUCCUGGUUAAAACCAUGGUGGUUCUGGCUGUGUUCAAGGCCUCCAAACCAGGGGGUGGAGCCAGUCUGAAGUGGUUUGGUGCUGUGCAGCAGAGAGUGACAGUUCUGGUUCUUACCUCUAUACAGGCAGCAAUCUGUACAACUUGGCUUGUCUCUGCCUCCCCAUCACCUUACAAAAACACACAAUACUACAAUGACAAGAUAGUUUAUGAGUGUGUGGUUGGGUCCACUGUUGGUUUUGCUGUCGUACUUGGCUAUAUUGGUUUAUUGGCUGUCCUCAGUUUUCUGGUAGCAUUUCUCGUUAGGAAUCUUCCAAACAGUUUUAAUGAGGCCAAACUCAUCACAUUCAGCAUGUUGAUCUUCUGUGCGGUGUGGGUGGCCUUUGUUCCUGCUUAUGUCAGCUCGCCAGGUAAAUAUGCUGAUGCAGUGGAGGUGUUUGCUAUUUUGGCCUCAAGCUUUGGCCUCUUGGUGGCGCUGUUUGGGCCCAAAUGUUAUAUAAUCUUGAUUAGACCAGAGAGAAACACAAAGAAAGCCAUAAUGGGUUGGGGUAACAGAAAUGAAUAGGAUUGCUGAGAAGUUCUUAAGCAUAGUCGGCAGUGCUAUUUCUUUCCAAUCACCUAGACUCCAUAUCUCGUAUAUACAGACACCCCCAGUAAAAAAAAAAAAGUAACUAGUGUCACUUUGUUAUUGUAUUUUGUUGUAGCUUGUAAGUUUUCGUCCUCUAUCUCGUUAGUUUGUACCUUGUAAUAUUUCCUUGUUUUCUUUCUGCUUAGCAAAGAUUUUGAGUUAGUUAACAUUUGUUUACAGUAUACUUCCCCUUUACAAUACUAACAAACAACAUGCACCAUGCUGUAUUGAAUAAGUAGCACAUCCAACAAAUUCCAAACCAUUAGAGAUGAUUGAUUUCCAAUUACUACCAAGUGCGGGGAUUACAAAGUGUGAAAGGCAUUGGAAUAAGUUGCUAUAGCUAAUAAUGUAUUUUCGCCCUGGGUCCACUGCAGUUUGUGCUGUGCUAUUGUAAGGGAGACAUUCAGCUACAGUAUGUACAGUCAUUCUACAGUACGCUGUUUAUUAAACAAAGCAUGCUCAUUCCUCUUUAUUUGUUUUAGUUUAACCUACAUAUGUAUAUAUUACCUGACAGAGCUGUGACAAAAACUUACUCAAUCAUGAAAAUUUUCU